AUCACUUGUACUAUCAAGUCCUGAGCAUGCGUGUUGUCAUGAAGAUAUGGCAAACGAUGUGCAGCUUUUCCUGCCGGGACUGGCAAAGCGUGAUGUCACCGGUCCUCCAUCUACAGCUCCGACAUAUUUGUCUGAUACCGCAUCAGGGCGGUCCUCCAUCCGGAGGCGCUUUGUGGGCAGUCAGAGGUUCAAUGCCGAGGAGCUCCGGUGUUUUCAUAGGGUUCCAACUCCAUCACCGAUGUAUUCUCAGAAGUUUGAGGUCUAUUGGCAGACAGUUGGAAGCUUCAAGAAGGUGCGAACUGACAGCCUGCUGAAGGUUCCCAAGGGCGAUCUUCUUGGCCGCGCGCAAGACCCAGGAAUUCAGGAGAAAGAUCAAGAAACUGCUGCGAGGUCAGAGCCCGACAGGCCCGACAGGCCAGCGUUGCUCCCCUACGAGGAGAUGACUGCAAGUUUGCUGGAUGAGAUUUUUCCUCGGAGUCCUCCUUGUGGAGACAAGGAAGAGGACGCAAAGAUGGCUAGGUUGCACAAGUUGCGAAAGCAGACAGCGUCCAACCUGCCUGAGACCACCAGCCAUGCGACUGAUCCUCCAAACUUUGCUAGCGGGAAAGCUCUUCCAGCAGGAAGCCGGCGGUUGGUGCAAUUUCGCCAAAAAAUCCUGGACAAGUUCUCCACCAUGAAGUCUGCGUUUGAGACGUAUGCGUCUGAGCACGGCCCACACGGUGUCACAAAGGAACUCAGCAAGAAGGAAUUCCAGCGCUUCUUGGUUCGACACUUCGCCGGACUCCCAAAGGAGGAGCAUGGCAAGAUCUUUGAAUUCUUGGACCAGGACAAGAAUGGCGCAGUGUCCCUGGACGAAUUCCACACGGCCAUCGAAGCAGCUGCGCCUGUGAAAUCACUGGAGGACCUGCGAAGAAAGUGGGUGGCUUUGGGCUACUCAUCGAUGCGGCAGGCUUUGCUGAACAUGGAUCUCAACAAGGACCCCGGCAGGUCCUUCACGCUGCAAGAGUUUGGUGUGCUACUGUCACGUGUCGGCGUAGAGGAGGAGAUUGAGCACCAGAACAUCUUUGCUGCCAUCCGCGAUCCACACAGUUCUUGCCAAACGGUGACCUUGGAGAUGCUGGCUGCGGCCAUGAGUGCCAUCUCACCUUCCUUGCUACUGGAGGAUUUGCGAGACAAGAUCCUUAAAAGGUUUGGGUCUUUAUCGAAUUGCUUUGCAGCCCUGGACAUGGACCAGGGGGACUCACUGGACAUCGGUGAGUUCAUUCGAUAUGCUGUUCCUGCUUGGAAGCUGACAACGCAUGAAGCUGCGAAAGCCUUUCGAUUGAUCGAUGUGGAUGGCAGCCUGCAGAUUAGUAAAGACGAGUUCGUGACAGCUCUGACCCUCUCCGAGCCCAACUUGUACCUUGAUGAGAUCCGCCGCAAAGUGCGGCAGCGUUUUCGAGGUAUGCGGGGCCUGCUCAACCCAGAGAGUGAAGAUCUGGUGGAUGAGUUGAAGUCUUUGGAGCUGGAACCGCCCCCGGCAGUGGAGAUCGCUGCUUCCAGGCGGACUUCGCUAUAUCAACGCCAUUCUAUCAUGGGCCAGGAAACCCCCACAAGUGGGGAAGCAGUGUCUCGUUCUGAGUCACGGCGGGCCUCAUGGAUUGCACGUCACUCUGGCAUUGGCUUAGAGAAGGCCCAGAACUUCUUGAAGGACCUCGUGAAGCAGCAAGAAGAGAAAGAGGAUGAAGGCCGAACCCCAGAGGAGUAUCAGGAGUUGUUGAACCAGGUCCAAUUGUCCGAGCAAGACACCAGAGCACUGUUCAACCUGAUGGAUGUGAACAGAGAUGGGAAGUUAUCCACGACGGAGUUUGAGCAUGGUGUUCGACUCUUCGCACCGUCAACAGCUCUGGAGGAUUUGCGGCUAGCUUGCAUAACGAAAUACGGUGGGAUUCCAGAGGCCUUUGCGUCAUUGCGGACAGAGCAGCGAGAGGCCUACCUCGAGUUCGUUCAGCUCAAAAAGUUGCUAGAGGACUUGAGUAUUUGGGACGAAAACACAGGGGAUUUGCGGCUGAUUAUGGACAUUGUCGAGUCGCAUCGAGAUGGGGGCACAAGCAUUUGUGAGCUCAUGGCUGCCCUGCAAGCUGGGCAGACUGGAACUCAGGUCCGCCUGCCGCCAGAUCAAAGAGAUGCAAAAGCUCGACAGCAGGUGAAAUGGCAGAUGGCACCUUUUCACCGGUCCGCCAAUGAGUUGCGAGCAAGUGUUCGAGAGAAGCCCACCAGUGAGCAGCCAGAAUGGCUCGAUCGAAGGGCACGAGAAGGUGCGAAAGCACGGCAUGCCGACGUGAAGAAAGAGUCUCAAAACAUUCUACAGAAGCUGAAGAGGGACAAGAGUCUCCCAGCGGUCCGCAGAGUAGAAGGUGGAUCACAAGACCCAUCAUGGGCAGGGCCAGCGAGGGGUGGCGAGGAUAUGUCUUCCAACAGCAUUCCCUUUGGGCCAAUACGCACAAGCUACAUGAAGGUGUCAUUGUCGCUUCAAGACCUGGAUAAGAAGGAGUCAGGUCCUCUGAGAAGUUCUAUCCAUCAGUACUACUCCAAUGCAGGUGAGACGGUGACUAGCCGCGAAGGUAUUUUGUGUUCUCCACACAGCAGAUACAAGCAGUUCAAGAGCUGCUCGCACCACUACAAGCUGCUUACCAGACAGCCAGGAGGACUAUGAGGUGCUUCAGCUCCCAAGGAGCUGAAGAGUUGGAAGCUGCGUGACUUCCGCUGCGUAGCGAUGUUAUUUUUCUCGUUUUGCUCCGAAGAGAGCCGAGACGCCGGAUUCACAGCAGUCACCAG